AAGUCUGGAUUUGAAGUCCGCAGUAUAAAAUCCACACCCAGAAAAACGUCAAAACGGGAAAUACAGUGAAGCUAUUACAUCAGUGUCAGUGAGACAGUGAGCUCCGAAAGAGCUCAAGGGAUCGCGAAAUUUUGCUCUCAAAUCUUAAGCUUUCCUAUAAUACUUUUAGCAGUUGUUUGGGUCAGCAACGAAAGUUGUUGAAGAACUUCCGAAAACUUUGAAUUUAGCUGUUAUGGGUGAGGGAGAUCUGGUGCUUGAGAAACCUGAGUCAGUAGCAAAUGGGAAUGCCGAGUUAGAGUUGAUGGAGAAAAAGAUGGAGGCUGUGACAGAGGCAAAAGAUCAAGAAACAAGACUUGGAGAUGAUAUGGAUGGUGGUAAACCUAAGGCUGAGAAUAUGGAUGUGGAUAAAGAAGAGGUCAAAGAAGCUAGGGAAGCUGAUGCAAACAUGGAGGAUAAUAAGGUAGUAGAAGAGGGAAAAGAAGAAGAAAGGGAAGGAAUCAUUGGAGGAAAGAAAAAAAACAAUAGUCAGGAAACUGAAGAUGAUUCUGGGGAGAAAGCCAAGGAGGAGAGUGAAAAUAAAUCUGAAAGGGAGGUUGAUGGAAUGAAAGAGGAGACUGAGGAUAAUGCUGAAGAGAAUGCAGAGGAUAUGGAGGAGACUGAGGAUAAGGCAGAAGAGCAUACAGAGGGUAAGGAGAAGACUGAGGAUAAGACAGAAGAGCAUACAGAGGGUAAGGAUGAGACUAAGGAUAAGGCAGAAGAGCAUACGGAGGAGAAAAGUUCAAAGAAGCGCCCACGAACAAAGAGUAGUGCUGGAAAAAUUGGCAAAGGUAAGAAAAAGGAAGUUGAAGAGGACCGAAAAACCCCAACGGGAAAAAAGUCUGAGCCUAAAACUCCAACAGAGAAAAAGGGGGAGUCAAAAACUCCCGUGGGUUCCACAAUUGAACGCCCUGUGCGUGAAAGGAAAUCUGUAGAAAGGCUGGUUGCAAUUAUUGAGAAGGAUGAUUCUAAGGAAUUCCAAAUUGAAAAGGGUCGUGGAACUGCAUUGAAAGAUAUUCCUAAUGUGGCAUACAAGUUGUCAAGAAAGAAGACCGAGGAAACUUUCAAAUUGCUGCAUGCAGUUCUCUUUGGAAGGAGAGGAAAGGCAGCUCAAAUCAAGAGCAACAUAUCAAGGUUCUCUGGGUUCGUGUGGCAUGAUAACGAGGAAAAGCAAAUGAUGAAAUUGAAAGAAAAACUUGACAAGUUUGUCAAAGAGAAGCUAGUAGAAUUCUGUGAUGUUCUUGAUAUACCGAUUUCCAAGGCUAAUACAAGAAAGGAAGAUAUUAUUGCAAAGCUGAUAGACUUUUUGCUGUCUCCUCAUGCAACAACCAAUGAGUUGCUUGCAGAAAAAGAACAGUCAAGUAAUGGGCAAAAAAGAAAGAGGGUUAGCAAAUCAGCAUCUGGGAGCAGUGCACCUUCAAAAGGAUCGGCCAAGAGUCGAAAGAGAACUGAGAGUGCAUCUAAAAAAUCUGGGGAGAAAAAUAGUGUGCCUGAAUCAGAAGAUGAUUCUGGAGAAGCAGAAGACGAGAAAGAGGAAGCACACGAAGAGGAAAAUGUUAAUGGUAAACCUGAAAGAUCGGAUGAUGAGAUGUCUGAUCAAGCUAAAAGUCUGGGGAACCCUAGUGAAUCUGAGGACGAGCCUGGUGAAGAGAAAGAAAAGCAGAAGCCACCUUCAGCAAAGAAAGUAUCUGCUGGAAAAACCAGGACCAAGAAUGUAACAACCUCUAAAAAGCCACCUGCAAAAUCAUCAUCAAGUCGCACAAAGUACAAUAAUGAUACGAGUGCAAAGAAGUCUUCUGGGAAGAAGAAAGAUGAAGCGGUAAAGGAGAAAGCUCGUCCGAAGAACAAAUCGUCAAAGGAGAGUACUGGGAAGAAGAUUGUGCGAAAAGACAAGCCUAAGGAAGACAAAUCAAAGCCAAGCAAUGAUGAACUCAGAAAUGCCAUUUGUGAAAUCCUUAAAGAUGUUGACUUCAAUACAGCUACCUUCACUGACAUUCUGAAGAUACUCGCCAAGCGAUAUAGUACAGACCUGACACCCAGAAAAUCAUCUAUAAAGCUCAUGAUUCAGGACGAGCUUACAAAACUGGCUGACGGACAAGAUGAAGAAGAAGAUGAGGAAGGUAGUGCUGAGAAGGAUGAAAAACAGCCUUCUGGCCAAGACGUGAAGGCCUAACUAUCUAGAUAGAUGCAACAUGAAGAUCCGUGUAUCCUAUGAGCUUCUGCUAAACCCUUCUCUUCGUCUAAAUUUGUACCGUCCCUGCUACCCUGUAGUGUUGUGGCCCCAUCCCCGUGGUAAGAAUUAAGAACACAGUAAUUUAUCGUUAUUGUUUAUUAACUGGCGAAACUUUUGUUCACUAGGAAUUGAGAGUUAACUGUAGGCUGCAGAUUUUCAGUUUGUCAAGUACAGAAGCAUAAAACUGUAAAUUUUUUAUUCUAUUAUCCAUGUAGUGAUCCUUGAAUGGAAGCUUGAGACUAUUUUAUGAUAUCAUGAUUGACUGCAA